AUGUUAGUGGUUCUCGGUCCACUAGAAAAGAAGGUCGACGAGUUGGCCAGUGUAAAAAAAACUGUACAAGAAAUUGAAAGAAAGGUACAAAGAAUGUCAGACAGAUACGACGAGGCUAUGAAGAAACUAACCGUGCAGGAAGCAGAAAUGACCGAGAUCAAAACAAGAGUGAAAAAACUUGAAGAAACUAGCCCAGCUAACGAAGAAAUCAACAAAUUAAAGCAAGACCUUAACAACCUCGAGCAAUACGGCAGGUUAAACAAUAUCGAAGUCCACGGAAUUCUUGUCAGUGAACACGAGGACCUAAUUGAAAAACUGAGUUGUGUCGCGGACAAACUACAAGUAACGAGACUAAAGAAAGAGGACGUUGAAGCAGUGCACCGCGUUCCAUCGAGAAAGGGAAAAACACCCCCGAUAAUGAUUAGAUUCUUAAACCGGAGCACACGAGACGAAUGGCUAAAAAACAAGAAGAAACUGCGAUCCGAAGAUUCUAACGACAACAUCUACUUACAAGAAAACCUAACCGAAAUAAACAAAAAGCUUUUUUUUGAAGCUAGAGAAAAAGCUAAAUCACUGGGAUAUCGCUACACGUGGCACAGAGGGGGUUGCACCUAUGUAAGGAAACAGGACGGUGAUCGGGCGAUACGUAUCAAGACGCACAGUGAUAUCGAUAAAAUAAGAUAA